AUGACAUGUCCAAUGAUAUUGAGGUUAAAACAGCGUAUUGCAGCUGAACAGCUCUUCAUUCCAUCAGUAUUUUUACCUGAUUACACGAAUGGUAAAAUAAUGGUCGAGGAAAGUAAUGGAAUUCCGACCGUAGUUUGGUAUUGGCAAUCAAAUGAGAAUCCUUGGUUAGAAACAGAAACACCUGUAUGGACAUCCUAUUCAAGUGAUUGUAGUGAUCUAAUUGAAUAUGCAUUUAAUUCAAACAAAAAUCAAAUUAAGAUUAAUUCAAAUUAUAUCGUUGAUUUAAAAGAGAAUGUUCAAGUGAAUGUGAAUGACAAUUCAAAACAGAGACCAGUUAAACGAUGUUUAACUUUGGAUGAAUGCAAGAAAUCUGUAAGAACUAAUAUGUUUUGUGAACAGUCACCGUUAUUACGUUCACUUGAUGAAGAUACAAUGUAUCAUGGCUCAAAAUAUAUAACCGAUUGGUUUAUAAAUUUUACACGUGGGAAAUUGAAAAUAGAUUCGAUUCAUAGUAUAGUACAGGCUACGAUCGAUGGUAUUUUAGAAGAAGGGAGAAACGAAGGAAAAGAGGAUGAAGCGGAAGAGAUGGUGAAUGAAUUAAGUAAAUACAAAAAUUGUAAAGGAAUAGACGAAUUAUUGUUGUGUUGUGCAAAAUUAUACACGAAAGACGCGUUUUUAUUUCGAAGUGUUAAUAAAGCAUUAGGUAGUGAUGAUCGAACAAAAUUUCACACAUUAGGACCAUUCUGUUAUUUAUUGUAUAAUUAUACGGGUCACGGCACAAAACGUACGGCAUCCAAAUCGUCGAUUAGUCAGUUCGUUGACAAAUUGUUUGAAGUGAAAUUAAAAAAGCAUUUGAAUGAUACUAUAUUAGUAUAUAGAGGAGGAAGCCUAUCGGAUACUUUGUUACAAAAGUAUCAGCGAGCUGUCGGCCAUGGUCAUUGGAAAUGGCCCACAUUUGUUUCAACAAGGAGAUGUAUUAUAAAUACCUCCGUAAAUCGCCAAGUAGCUGAAGCAUUUGUUAAAAAUUAUUUACACAUAAUAGAAAUCAGAAAUUCUUAUACGGGUGAGCACGGUGUUGAUAUAUCAGAGAUAUCCUAUUAUAAAGAUGAAGAAGAAGUUUUAUUGAGACCAGGUAUUCGAUUUACGGUGGAAAAAGAAGAAAUAGAAGUUGAUCCAGUAUCAAAAGAGAAAAAACAUCUAUUUUAUAUAAAAAUUGUUCAGUCAUAUAUUGCAGAUUUAAGGAAAUAA